AUGUAAAACAAUAGACCAAAGUCAUGGGAAUUAAGAAAAAAAGAUGCUUCUAAAUAUAGAUUUUAUGACAAAUAGGAUGAAUUAUUAAUAAAGAAACCAGGUGAAGUUGAUGGAGAAGCUUUUGUAUUAAGAAAUUGUGUCCGUUGUAAAAUCUUUAUUUUGGACUUCUCAGCAUAAAUUUUAAUAGAUGAUUGUUUUGAUUGUUAAAUGUUUUUUGCUGCUGUUGAAUCUAGUAUGUUUAUAAGAGGAUGCAAAAGAUGUAAAGUAAUAACAGCUUGCGGAUAAUUUCGAUCUAAGAAAUGCGAAGAUAUUCAAACCUUACUCUUUACUCAAAGUUAACCAAUAAUAGAAUUAUCUAUAAGAAUGGGAUUUGGUUGUUUCCGUGGUUAUUAUCCAUAAUUAAGAUAACAUUUACAAAAAGCUAAACUAAAUAUUUGGAAUAACACUUGGAGUGAUUUGCACGAUUUUGAUCCUGAAAAAUAGGCAGAAAUAACUCAUUUUUAUAUGGUUUUAGAGGAUACUCGUUAUGAAGAUAUGCUUAAGCCUUUAAAUGAAGUGCUUUAAUUACCUAAUUUUACUUGGGCAGAUGAAUGUAAAACUGAAAAUUAAGUUAUUCCUUUCACAAGUGAAUAAAGAAAAAAACCUUUUCAUGAAGAAGUACUCUUGAUUUUCUAUCCUGAAGAAUCCACACAUCUGAAUGUAGAUGUUUUAAGUUCUAGUUUCUAGCCUUUACUUAAAGAAGUUCCAUAAGAAAUCUUUGCAGAAGAACAUAGUUAAAUUAAUGAUUAAGUUGAAAUAGAAGCACCUGAAUAACUAUAUUGUUAUUUAGUCAAAUCAAAAUAUCAGUCUUUAUUUGCUGAUAAUUGGCCUCUCUUUAAAACUGCUGUAGAAACUCAUCUACCAGCAGAUAAGGCAGCCAAACUUUUAAAUUAAGUUGUUGUUAAUAAUAGAUUGUAACCUACAUUUUCAUUACAUAUCCGAACAGAUAAUCAAGAUAUUAAAUUAUUAUCUUAUUUAUAUUCUGUUUUAGAUAUGAAAUUGAAAUGUGAUCUAAAAAAAGUUUGUGUAAUUGUUCAAAAUUAAAAUGCCAUUGAAGAAUUAACUAAAUUAUUAUUUGCAAAUUAAAAAGAUGAAAGAGCAGGAUAAUAAUGA